AUGGUGAAGGCCGUGUCACUUGUAUCUGCAAAUAUACAGAAAAUAUGUAAAAAAUGUAAUAUGCCCAACAUUGAAAAUGGAAGUCUUUAUUACAACUAUUGGUUUCCAAAAUCACUGGGUAAUGACAUCAUCUAUACUUGUCACAGCGGAUAUUUGUCACCAUCCAAAGAUUAUUAUAGCAGAUCUUUUUGUUCUGAAAAUGGUUGGAUUCCCCCACCAAGGUGUCUAAAAACCUGUAGUCAUCAGGAAGCUUCAGUUGAAAAUGCAUAUCUUGAGAAUCCUGAACGCAUUUAUCUGAGUGGUGACAAAGUGAAAUUCAAUUGUUACAAAGGCUAUUCAACUCCAAAUGGUAGAGAAAAUGGAGAAAAGGAAUGUCUUCCUAAUGGGAGGUUUACUCCAGCAAAAUGUUCCAAGACCUGUGAAAUGAGACAAUUACUUAAUGGAAAAUACAGCCCGAAUAAAAGUGUAUUUGAUGUUGGAGAGUAUAUCCGUUUUGAAUGUAAUGAAGGAUUUAUGAUUAAAACUAGACUUGACUACACAGAUGUGAAAAACCACCUUCUAUAA